GGGGCGGAGGGGCCGGCUUGGACUCCGGGCUCCGGGCUCGGGCUCCGGCUCGCGGCGCGGCCCCCGCAGGCAGCGUGGCUGUGCGGACCGGCGGCGACCCCGCUCCUCCGGCGGCUCCGUCAUGCAGGGCCCCGCGGGGAACGCGAGUCGCGGGCUGCCGGGCGGGUCCUCCACCGCCGCGUCCGGGGCGGGCCGCUGCGAGAGCGGCGCGCUCAUGCACAGUUUCGGCAUCUUCCUGCAGGGGCUGCUCGGCGUCGUGGCCUUCAGCACGUUGAUGCUCAAACGCUUCCGAGAACCAAAGCAUGAAAGACGUCCGUGGAGGAUAUGGUUUCUAGACACUUCCAAACAAGCCAUAGGAAUGCUGUUCAUCCACUUUGCCAAUGUGUACCUAGCGGAUCUCACCGAAGAGGACCCUUGUUCACUGUACCUCAUCAACUUCCUCCUGGACGCCACCGUGGGCAUGCUGCUCAUCUACCUGGGGGUGCGUGCCGUCAGCGUCCUGGUGGAGUGGCAGCAGUGGGAGUCCCUGCGUUUUGGCGAAUAUGGAGACCCUCUGCAGUGCGGAGCCUGGGUCGGCCAGUGUGCGCUGUACAUCGUGAUCAUGAUUUUUGAAAAAGCUGUCAUCUUCAUCAUCAUCCUGAUACUUCAGUGGAAAAAGGUGGCCCUGUUGAAUCCCAUUGAAAACCCAGACCUGAAGCUGGCCAUCGUCAUGCUGAUCGUCCCCUUCUUCGUCAAUGCUUUGAUGUUCUGGGUAGUGGACAAUUUCCUCAUGAGAAAGGGGAGGACGAAAGCUAAACUGGAAGAAAGGGGAGCCAACCAGGACUCGAGGAAUGGGAGCAAGGUCCGCUACCGGAGGGCCGCAUCCCACGAGGAGUCCGAGUCGGAGAUCCUGAUCUCGGCCGAUGACGAGAUGGAGGAGUCCGACGUGGAGGAGGACCUCCGCAGACUGACGCCCCUGAGGCCUGCGAAGAAAAAGAAGCACCGCUUCGGGCUGCCUGUAUGACACAUCCUGCGCGGGUCAGGUCUGGGGCCCGGCUGCUCUGCAGCCCCCUUCCUUCCCUCCUCUCUCCCUCCUCUUCUACCUCCGUCCUCGUGCUCUGCCCACUCCCAGCCACCGUGACUGCAGAGAGGGAGGAAGAGCCAGCGCCGAGCGGGUCGCGGCUGUUGGAGGUCCCCACUCAGUUGCACUACAAACACUGACCAAAUAUGCAAGCCAGGCGCUUUCUUCCUUUGCUGUCGUCCCGGUGGUGUUGUGAGGGACCCCGAGGCCCUGGCGGGUGUCUGGCUGGGUGGCCAUGAGGAAAAAGCUCACGAGCACACAGACUGGGUGGAGCCUCUCCCCAGGGCGGGGGGAGUGAAGACAUAACAGGUUUGGGGCUAAAAGUCACACUCAUUGGCGGAGUUGGAACCACAGUGCUUUCUUACUCAAAAUGGCUUUUAUAACUAUUGAUUUCUAAAGUCGGUUUUACGAGAUGUCACAAUGUUAAUGUUUUUUGAGUAUGUGUUUAUUUCCUAUGGGACUAAUGGGCAAAACAUAGAUUUUUAAGUCUUCCGUAUGCUGUUGACUUUUAUAUUUUUAAGUUAUAUUUUCAUACUAUUGUAUUUAAAAAGUCUUUUUAACCCCCAAAGAAAUGGGUUUGUUUGCCUUUCAUGGGAUGGUGGGAGGAAAAAGUCGAGGGUUUUUUAUUUGCAAUAUUGUUAGGUAAUCUAUGAGAAGAUGGGGUAGCGAACACAGUAGGAAUGGAGAUGGGUCCUUCUCUGAGGUCAGCAAACCCAGUGGUUCUGGAAAGGUCAGGCCCGAGCAGGAGGCAGCUGGCCCAAACGAGGGUCCAGUGCCCCCGUGCGUGCCAGGCCCCGCGGCUCCUUGGCAUUUCUGCUGGCAGGACAGAGGUCUUCGUUAAAUUGGACCAGGAAAGGGGGCUAAGAGGUCUUAGUGUCCAGAGGAAUUGAGGCUGCAAGGCUAGUGCUGUUUGUUCCUCGCCUCUCCUCAGCACCUCCAAGUCUGCAGUUUAGAAUGUCUCCUCAGCCUCCGUGCCUCCCCUGGCGCAGCCUUCAGGACCAGCCUUUGGACCCGGCUCCAGGUCAGGCUGCCCCGGCCUGUUAUUGCGUCCAUUUAUUUUGCACAAGAGUCUGGAGAACACCUGCCUGACCAAAUGGUCUUGUUUUCCACAUUCUCCAGGGCAGGGGGUGGCUGCAUCCACAGCCAGGACAAGGUGCUUCUAACUGUGUCCCCGCCCUGGGGAGCGGCCCCCACUCAGCCUGGGCAGAGGCCCCAGGUGGCUUUGGGAGUCUGCCGACUGGCAGUGGAUUGGGCUGACGGGGCACUUGCCCUGCUGUGGAUGCAGCGAGGCGGAGCGGCCCAGUGUUGUGUCAAGCCCGAGACAGCCAUGGAAGUUUAGGAACAGAAUACCCGCUGCUGAGAUGUGAGCUGAAAGUGAGGCAGGUGCAGGGAGGCCACACCGCCCAGAACCUUCUCUCUAGACCUACACAAAAACGUCUUCACUUAGGAAGAUUGGGUCUGAAUUGUCACAUGUGAGGCAAGCUGUUAAACCAGGCAUCCCGGGCCUGUCCUCUGCCUGGCACCCAUCUUCCCUAGGAGUCCCCAGGCCAGAGGGCUGAGGGGGCCUGGACCUGUGGCUGCAGCAGGGCCUCGUGUGAGAUUGGAGUGGGUCUCCUUCCCCACACCGCUUCCGCUCUCCUGUUGCGCCCGUCGCCCCCUCCGAUCCCCUGGCUGUGUUGGUGGGUGUCUCCCCACUAGAACUGGCAUUUGGGAAGACCGGGGCUGGUGUUCCUGCUGGACAGCAGUCCCUCACGGCAUCGCUUCCUCUCCUUACUUUUCGCUCCUAUUUCAUUUUUAUCUGAACAACCUGUGUCCACAGCUGUUUCUUCUACCUUCUGAGCUCAGAAUCAGAGCUUCAUUUUCAGUCUCCAGCUCCUAAUGUGUCCAAACUGGAGAUGGAGUAGAAGAACCAUAGUCCGUGGAAGAUGGAAACUGGGUCCCAUAGACUCACGUUAUCUGCCCAUCUCCAGGCUCGUCCCAGCGCCCACUGGGUAGUGGGCUUGCGGGGGACAGAGGCUGUGAGCACAUGGUGGUUUCUCCCUGUAUCCUGAUCUUCAGUAAGGGCUUUGGUCUCGGAGCUGCAGCUGUGUUCCUGGCUAACUAGGGGAUGGUAUCUGAUUGCAGAGGGCCUUGCGCUGUGUGGGCCUGGACAGCGUGGCCUCAUGCACACACAUGCACACGCACACACGCACAUGCACACAUCAUUUCUCUGGGAGCGUGUCCUGCGUCACGGGGGCUUUCUGUGGAGCUGCCCGGGGAGAGCGGACGUGGAGGGUCUGUUGGGACUUCCUCCCGAGCUGUCCUCCCUCCCUGGGCACAUUUCCUCACCACCUGCUCCAAGGUGCCUUAUGAGGUGCAGCUCUUCAGCCACAUAGCAAACAUCACUGUGCUUGAGAAACCAUGGGACACCGACUGGAUAUUGUCCACCGUCCAUCUCAUUUGUCAAAAUCUGGACCCUGGUCAAGACAGCCAUGAUGGGGACUUGUAAGUCAGGGUCUUGACAAGUUUCUUGUAACAAAUGGAAAUCACCUAAUGCGGCGCAACUGCCAUAUCCGAAUGGGAGAGAUUAUCGUGGCCCUCCUUUCCCUUUGCUGCCCGUGGGUGUGGGGAUGUAAGGAGGGGUGCUGGUGAGGUCCGGGAAGCCGUGGCUGCAGCCUGCAGACCUGCGAGGCGAAGGUCUGUGGCCCAUCGGCUCGCCCUCGGGCACACUGGUGGCCGCCUGCCUCAAGCUUUAACGUGCGCCCCUUCCUGGCAACAGGGAGUCCUGGGUUAAGGUUGGCCUGUCACACCUCUACAUGGAAAAUAUGUAACGGCUCAAAUCCAAGUUGUGUCUUCCCCUCGGCAGUGUAGGCCGUGGCUGCUGCCCAGAGUCCCCUCUGAAGGGGCCCCACUCUGCCCUCCACACUGCAGUUCACUGGCCUUUUUGCAUCCGGGCCAGCAUAGGUGGCACUGGGAACGCCCCACCAGCCAGGGCAGCCACUUUGUAGGGUGUAGGGCAGCUUUCAGGAGCUUCACACACUUGCAACUAGGAGGGGAGAGCACUCUGUUUUACCCUGUGCGACGUUGGUGGCCUGAAGGGCUUCGGCGAGGGAACCUCUGCUCCAACUGUCGUCGGCACCUUGAGCUCCUAGGCGGUGGGUCGGUUUAACUUGGUUUCUCUUUUCAUGAAGUUUAUUAGAAGCCAGACCUAUGUGAGUAAACCAUGGCCUACUUCUACUGUCUGCCUAAUGGGGUGUUUAAUCGGUGGUGUUACGAUUCACAAAAACACAUUUUUGAAAUGAAAGGGAAGACGAUGUACUUACAUUGUAAAAUGGUUUACAAUAAAAUUUGAUGUCUUAUUACAUUUUUUUUUUUUUAAAGAAACCAUCA